AUGGCUCAGCCACAGAAUCUCCCUCGAGUUGACCCGGACGGUGAUGCCAAACUGGCUGACGGUCAAGCCGGCAAUCAAGUCAACCACAACCUCACUCAACAAGACCUCGCGGCUCACCAGCAUCUCCCCGAGUGGCAGGUCUCGGAUUUUGGCUGGCCUCCUUUGCAAACCAUGACUCCAAGCACCUCUUCUGGUAGUACUACCGUCGAAGAUCGGCUGGAGGCGCAAGCCAACGACCACGCUCAGCCGGCUCUGACUCUCACAAACCAGCAUCAGCAAGUUCGUCACCCUUUUGAGAUCGGCACAUACCCAGCCGGAACUCUCAUCACUGAAUCUGUCACUCCAGAGCAAGCCGCAGUGCUGCCACCCUUCCCAUUUGUUUUCCCAGGUGACCUUCACGCAGGCCAGAACAGACUGCCACGAGCAACUCCGGAAGGUCCUAACCCUCAUAUCUUGCACACUCCAACCAACGUUGGCCAACCAUUCCAACCAUUCCUGCCGGCUCAGCAACCAUCUGUUGCCCCGGCUCGCUUGUUGCAUACUCGUGAUAGCUUGGAGCUUAUUGAAGAGGGCUCGCUGCAAGUACUCGGUGGUUCUGUGGUCAACUCCAACCAUUCAGAUCGGCUCUCUGGAUCGCUACUUACCAACGACUCCACCACCAUGGCAUCCUCCCAAGACGGUCAGCGCGAUCGUUCGUCCUCGCCUGUUGUUGAGUCCAUUUACCAUCCCAAUCUCGUCGGUGAGAAUGGCGAGGGCCCAGGUCUAUUUGACAUCACUCGUGAAGCACCGGCACGGGUACGCCGUGGUCGUCAUCGCCGCAGAAUGACCCGGCCUGAGCCUCAGAUCCGCUUUGUCGCAUGUUCGGCAUGUCUGGUACUCCACAACCUCGAAGAUCUGCUCAACAUUUCUUGUGGCUGCCAUUACUGCACCCCGUGUCUCGAAGCUGCAUUUCGCGCCGGCUGCACAAGCAGGGAGUCUUUUCCACCCAAAUGCUGUGGACAACCUUUACGCAUCUCGGUCUGGGGCACUUUCUUGCCUGACGACAUCAACGCACGCUACAAAGCGGUCGAAGCCGAGUUCAGCGAUGCUCGCCCCGUGUAUUGUGCCGUGCCCACCUGUUCCGUCCACAUCCCAAAAACUGAUCGUCUUCCCGAGUACGAUCUCGCAUUGUGCCCACAAUGUGCGACGGCGACCUGUAUUCGAUGCCGAGAGGAAUUGAGGCUACAUCAGCGAUGGACCUCCACAGAACGUCAAUGCCCUCCCGUCGACGCAGCAACCAAGGCGUUGCAGGCUCUUUCGGACAAGAAGAAGUGGAAACAAUGCCCAACAUGCUGGCAGUUGGUGGAACGAAUUGAAGGCUGUGGCCACAUGGAUUGUGUCUGCGGUGUCGAGUUUUGCUACAUUUGUGGCAAUCUCUUUGACGAGCAUGACCGCUGCAAAUGCGUACCAAACUCUUGGGCAGCCGACGAAGAUCGUGAAGAUGAAGAGGCCGACGCGGCAGAGACAAACAUGGCGGAUGGAACCGAGGUCGACGAUACAGACAUGGUUGUUGAACCCGAGGUCGAAAAUGCAGGCAUUGUUGUUGAACGCGAGGUCGGAAAUGCAGACAUGGUUGUCGUCGAGCUCGAAAAUGCGAACACCAAUCCGGCUGAAACCCACGGCGAUACUUUCGCGCAGCAGUUGGUAGGCCCGGACAACCUGCCAGCGGCUGUCGACAUAGACACACUGCGCCUGUUGGCGGUGAUGACCUUACUUGCCACGGUUGUCUGCAAAACGCUCCUCUGCGCGGCUGCAACGAGUGCGGAAUAG